UGCAGCACGCUAGUGAUAAUAUUCCUGAUUCCACACCUAAUCAACAUUUCAUGCAUAAACAAACAGCUCAAUUUCUACAAAUCCUCAUCGCCAGAAAUUCCGACUCCCACUAAUCUGAGCCACCUGCUCUUCGGGAUACUGGGGUCGGAAAAGGCGUCGCACCAGCGCAAGGCCUACACAGAGUCGUGGUGGCGGACAGGGGCUACCCGAGGCGGAUUCUUCCUAGACAAGCCCCCAACAGGGCCGUGGUCGCCUUCUCUCCCGCCUUACAGAUGACCUGAGCGGACUGCUGAAGAAGCCCAGAGGAUGGUGCACGGGAUCUUGGAGCUGAUGAGGGAUUUUGGGGAGCAGGAAUUCAGGUGGGUGGUAAUGGGAGACGAUGACACCAUUUUUUUGGUAGAUAAUAUAGUCGAUGUGGUGGCAAAGCUGGAUCACACCAAAUAUUUCUAUCUUGGGGGGCAAUCGGAGUUUAUAUUGUCGGGUCAUUGGUUCUCUUUCGACGAGGCAUUUGGUGGAGCUGGGAUCAUCAUGAGCUAUCCUGUUGCCAAAGCUUUGGCUGAGGAUAUGGAUAUGGAUAACUGUCUCAACAGAUAUGCUUACUUGUUUUCUUCUGACAAUACAACUAAAAACUGUAUUGCUGAUAUUGGCGCCAAUCUCUCUCCCCAGCUCGGGAAUCACCAGCUCCACCACUUGGACGUGGUUGAGCCAAUAUUUCCAUCCAAGGACCGUUUCGAGUCAACGCGCCACCUCAUGACGGCGGCAGCAGCCGACCAGUCGAGGAUGCUGCAGCAAAUCAUAUGCCACCGAAGGCAAAGCAACUGGACGAUCUCUAUUGCUUGGGGUUAUUCAGCACAAAUAUACGAAAGUAUCUUCCCGCGCAGCUACCUGCGGAUGCCCCUCGAAACGUGGUUUAAGCGUAGCUGCGGAUGCCCCUCGAAACGUGGUUUAAGCGUCCCGACAUACGCCUCCCUUAUUACAGGUUCGACACCAGGGCACCCUCCUUGUGAAGCCCCGCACAAUUUCUUUUUCGAGACGGUCGACAAAUCGGAUGAGGUUAUCACUACAUAUGCUCGAGCAUGGCCCCCCCAUCUGCCACCGUGUUUCUCUCAUUCCGCGGAUGGUAUUAAUAUCAUUCAAGUGUAUUCACCCGCCACUACGCGGUAUCAGAUGGAUCGAUGUGAGUGAGUAGACAUCACCAAACCGAACCGGCCCGGCUGAACCGGCCCGGAACCGUCACCGGCGGUUCCGAACCGGA